AUUCGCAACAGUUAUAUAUUAUAAACAAACUCCUGUCAUCUGAUUGGAGGUUUCCUUUUUAAUCCAAAAAUCAUUCAUAAGAGAUCAGUUUUAAAACUUGGCACUAUUGUAGUUCGAGUGGCUAAUCCAUUAAGCACUUUCAGGAAAGUGGGAUUAUUUUUGUGAAAUUUAUUUUUGAUUUGCAUGUUAAUUUUUAAGCCACAUGUGUUCUAUUGAAGCAUUCUGGUCGGAAGAAUAUACCUAUGAAUCUAAAUUCUUCUUAUUAAAACGAAUGCGAUAAAAAGCACAUGAUUCUAAAAAAAUAUGGUGGCAUCAUUUUUUGUUUGACAGUUGCAGAGGUUGUUUUUAGUGCAAGUAUUAAUUUAAUGUGUACAAAAAUUUAAAUUAAUAAAAUUAAAAAUAAUGAUUAAUUUGCGUUCUAUAGCAAAGUUUUCAAAUACAAAGCAAUGUUUAUCAGCUAUCGCUCAACUGCAGACAACUACAAACACUGAGCGGAAUCAACAGUUCUUAUAUUUUGAUAGUCUUACAGAUGCUUGUCAUAUUAACAAAAUUCAUCCACAGCUUUCGAAAAGGAAAUAUUGCACGGCAGAAACAAAUUUAAUAAAUAAACAAACAAAACAACAAUUACAACAACAAAAUGGCAUACUUAAACGUGUACUACAUAAAGUUGGACUUGCACCAAAUUCAAAAUCACGUCUUAAAGUAGCAAGUCAUAUGCUGUAUGAAACAGUAGCAGACAAAAUUAACUAUUUAGUUUUCUUUCGGGAUUUCAAACUGCCAAAUACCUUCAAUUCUUGGUUUCUUGUUACAGAAUUGCAUGUCUGGAUGUUAUUGGUCCGCGCAAUGGCAGAGGGUUCAGAGUCAGGAGAAGACGGACGUUUUCUUCGUAAUUGUAUUGUGGAAGCUAUGUGGGGUGAUGUAAAUAUGCGUGCAAAAAAAUUGGGUGCAAAUAAUCCAUCUCAAACACGCAAACAGAUAGAAAUUUUAUCCGAACAGUUUCAGGCUGCUCUAAUAGCUUACGACGAAGGAGCAAUGUCGAAUGACAGCAUUAUGGCUGGAGCGCUAUGGCGUAGAUUUUUUGAAAUGAAUUGUGAGGAUUAUGAGCGAAUUGAACGGCUAGUCAAAUAUGUACGAAUCCAAAUGAUUAUGCUGGACCAAUUAUCGCGGGAGGAAUUUAUUAUUAAGCCAAAAAUACCUUGGGUUGAGUUAAACAAGAUUACUGUAAAAUAGUUUAAAUAAUAUAAUAAUUAUUUAAAAAUGCCCCGUGUUUAGAAGAAUAUAAAAUCUGUUUCUAUGACUUCUUAUUAUGAUGUUGAAUAGAAAAUUGUUUUACAAAAAUUUUUCGACACUGAAAUUUUCUAUUUACGAGUUACAUGAAAACCAAAAUAAAACUUA